AUGCCCGCCGAGGCAUCGGCGCCCAAGCCAGAAAACGUCUCCAAGCCGCAGAGGAUAGCCUCUGUGUCCUCGGCCACCGCGACAUCGCCGGCGGCGGCGGAUGCAGAGGCCGCAGAGCAGGCAGGCCAGAAACCGCCAACCAUCCAGGCGAACCCCUGGGGCUUCUUCCUCCCCGACGACCUCCCCGACCGCGUCGGCUCCACCUCCCCGACCAAAGAGGCGCUCGCGGACGAUCAGACGCUCUCGGUGAAGCCCCUGAGGAUCGUGAAGACCGGUCCCGCCGAGGAAAAGCCCGGGAGCAGACCUCAGAACGGCGUCUUGGAAGAUGUCGCGCCGGCCGCGGUCGCGGGAGUGGGCGGACCACUUCAGGCCGGCGGGGCCCCCGAUCUGGCGCAACUGGCCCCGGCGCCGCUGAACAUCACACGCCCGCAUUCCCCUGCCGCCCAAGACCGCCCUCUGGGCCCGACGUCGCCCGUGUCCACUGCUCCGUCGGCGUCCCAGCUCCCGUACCCCGUCGACGGCGCCAGCAUCCCAACGCCGGGUCCUCAUCCCAUGCCCCAGCCAGGGGCCCAGAUUACGCUCCCCAUACACCCCGCCGCCGCCGCCGGCCCCUCUCCGAACCCGGCGUCUCCCACAACCUUUGCUCCUUCGCCCCUUACGCCCUUACAAACGGGCACCGCGGCGCAAAAACUGCAACCGCAGCACUACCAGGUUCCUCCCCAGCAGACGUAUACCCAGGCAACGCCCGUAAGCCCCAUCAUCGUCCAGGCCGGGCUGCCACCGACUCUGCCCGCGGGCUCCUACUUCCCCCAACAACCGUCCUACGCCCUUUCGGAAGUAGCCCAACCGGCCCAGGCUCCUCCCUCCGCACAUCACAGCCCCGCGCCGUCGGUCUCGAGCACCACUCAAGCAGGCCCCCAGACCGGCCAGCACUCCCCAGGCCAGCCGUACACAUCUCCGCCCCCGUCGUACAACCAGGUCGUGACCCAAAGCCAACCGUACCCGUACUCCCCAUCCUGCAUCGGCGCAGACAAGAUGGGCUUCCACUACCAGCCCUCUCCGGUCCCACAGCAAUACCCCUACAACCAGCACGCCUCGCCUCCGAUCCCUCAGCCGUCCUACGUCAACGGCCCGCAGCAGUACCAAGCGACCCCCCCGCCCCUCCCGCCGCGGACGUCUCCGCCGGCGCCAGGCCAGCUCGGAUACGCGGCGCCCUCGCCCUACGGCCCGCCUCCGACGCGGCCGAACUACCAGGCCCCGCCUCCCAAGUCCGACUCGCGGCUCUUCAGCAGCGCCACAGCGCGGAAGCUGCUCAGCAAGACGACGGAGCUCAUGGACCAGACCAUCACACCGUACCUCCAGGACCACCGGCACAGGCCGCCGUACAACAUGUACCAGCACCAGAACCAGUACCUGAACCGGCCGCCGUCCGGGCCGCAGGGCCAGUAUCAGCAGCAGCAGCAGCAGGGCUACGCCCCCUCUCAACCCCGCGAGGGCCCCAAUGCGUCUCAUACGCCCUGA